GAAACAAACUACUUCCUGAAGGAGCGUGUGAAGUGUAGUUUUUCCACGGUGAGUGGAUCCGACAUUGAAGUCUAAACCCGUGGACGUAUCACUUUGGCCUGAGGUGUGCACACGUCCAUCCUCCGGCCUCAAGUCACACACGGUGCUCUGUCCGAAGAGGACUUCAGGUCAUCCGUCACAGUGGGAUGCAGACAGCUGGUAAACUCAUGAAGGUUUUCCUGACGAGGCGCAUCCCGCAGGAGGGGAUGAAGAUCCUGUCCACGGGUGGAGUGUGUGAGGUGUCUCUGUGGGACUCUGAUGAACCUGUGCCGAGGGCAGAGCUUCUCAAAGGUGUGCAGGGGGCUCACGGUCUUCUGUGUCUGCUGUCGGACAAGAUCGAUGCUGAGGUUCUGGAUGCUGCAGGACCAAACCUGAAGGUGAUCAGCACUUUGUCUGUGGGAUAUGACCACUUGGCUCUUGAUGAAAUCAAAAAACGUGGCAUACGUGUUGGAUACACUCCAGACGUCCUGACUGACGCCACAGCAGAACUGACUGUAGCUCUGCUGCUGGCCACCGCUCGCAGAUUACCAGAGGGAGUGGAGGAGGUCAAAAAUGGUGGCUGGAGCUCAUGGAAGCCUCUCUGGCUGUGUGGUUAUGGUCUGUCUGGCAGCACAGUAGGAGUCAUUGGACUGGGACGCAUUGGUAUGGCCAUUGCUCAGAGACUCAUGCCCUUUGGAGUGAAGAGGCUGCUCUACUCUGGGAGAACAGCCAAGGCUCACGCUGCUGAGGUGAACGGAGAGUUUGUUCCUCUGGACACCCUUGUGUCUGAGAGCGACUUCAUAGUUGUUUCCUGCUCCCUGACACCUGAAACCCAGGGGCUGUGUGACAAAGCUUUCUUCAGCAAGAUGAAAAACACAGCAGUCUUUGUCAACUCAAGCAGAGGAGCUGUGGUGAAUCAGGAAGAUCUAUAUGAAGCUUUAACCAGUGGACAGAUAGCUGCAGCAGGACUGGAUGUCACAACACCUGAGCCACUUCCAACAAACCACCCACUUCUUACACUUAAAAACUGUGUGGUGUUGCCGCACAUCGGCAGUGCAACCUACUCUACGAGAGGCAUCAUGGCAGCUUUGUCAGCUAAUAACCUGCUGGGAGGUUUACAGGGCACAGACAUGCCCAGUGAACUCACCUUCUAGUGCCUGAAACGGAGCCGCUGUGCCUAGAGUGCUACCUUCUCUGGUGCUGCAUGGAUAACAGAUCACAGUAAUGUUGAACAAGGAUGAGGAAACUACUAAUAUAGUUUAGACAUAUACUGUAUUUUUACACCAUAAUCAGUGUCGACUGGAUAGUUAGAUUUGAUCCUAACUAACGAAGAGCACUUUUGAUACUCGGUGUGCAUUUUUGAGGAAGGAAAUGCUCAGUGCAAGAUUUUGACAUUUCACACGUGUUCAAGUUCUUGAAAAAGAGGCUAAUGAACAAACUAGCAGCACUCCUUAACCUUAGUUCUUACCAAAACCCACAAAACAUGCGUAUGUCUUAUGUAGAAAACUGUAGGAACUGGAAAAUCCUAAAUAGAAGCAGUGGUUACCUCUCUCAUUAAUGCAAUGUUUGCCAUCAAGGUUAACGUUCUUGGUCUGCACUUUAUUCUGAUGUCAAUGCUCCAGGUCUACAGAACAGUACAACACUCCACAAGUUUUGUGUGUCAAAUGUGUUUUUUCUGAAGAAUAAAAACGGAUGGCUUAGUUUAAA